AGGAAAAUAGUUUCACGAGGGGCGGCGAAGUGAAGGAGGCUGGUGAGGUGUUGAUAGUCCUCCAUGAUGAAUAUAAAGGACGGGCUCCCACCAUAAAUUGCAAGAUUGAAACGUUUGGCAAAAUGAUGCAAAGGUUUGACAACCGAAGGAGAAACUGGGUUAAUGAAAUGGGAUUUGGUGGGCUUUACCAUUUGUGCGGGAAACAUUUGCCCCGGAACUUUGUCUAUUGGCUGAUGACUCGGGUUGACCCUAUUAAUCAGAUUUUCUCAGCCCCGAACGGAAUAGACUUCCCCAUGAGCAAGAACCAGAUUCGUUGGAUAUUUGGACUCCCGAUUAAGGGGAAGGUCAUUCCUAUUUCGGAAAACGAUGCUGAUGAAGAAAUGAAAGCCAAGGCACAGUUUAUACUCGGGGCAUAUGGGAAGACGUGGGAGAGUGAUCACCCAACUAAUACUGGGGCUGUGAUAUCCACAGAUGCUAUUCCGGUGAAUCCUAAAUUUAUCCAAAGACUAGAGGGUACUUGGGAGGACAAAGAUGAAGAGGAGUUUAAGACGAUGUUUUUGAUAGAUGCUGUAGAAAUGGUGCUAUGCCCAACACAAUGUGGAAGAUUGAGUCCAAGUUUGUUAUAUGCCUGUUCACUUGGAAUGCAGGCACGAGAAUAUGAUUGGUGCAAGCUUGUAUAUGAGUUCUUCAUUGAGAGGGCCAAAGUGUUCUGUAGGGACUUCUACACAUUUGGUUAGACCAAAGGAGUUGGGGGUUGUAGCAUGUACUUAGUGAUAUUUUAUCUUGAUCGAUUGAAUAGAAUGCCGUUGCAGUGGGGAGUAUUCCCAAGGCUGAAGGAAUGGGAUAUUAAUGACCUUUUGAAAGCAAGGCAAGCAGAUAUUCUGCCAUCAGGGGAUUACGGAAAGAUUGGGUGUGUUGAUGUUGCGUAUGGGGAUAGACAACAUCUGAGGGCUGCCCGGGAUAGUGAAUGUCCUGAUGAGGAGGUUUUAAUGCCAGCCAUUGAGAAGGAGAAAGUUAUCUCAAAAGCGAGGAGAAAAGGGAAAAGUGUACGGAAUCCUUUCAAAAUCAGGAAUCCUCAGCCCAAUCCGCAACCAACUCCGCACCCAAGUCCGACACCCGAUCCACAACCAAGUCCUCAACCCCAUCCGCACCCAAGUCCUCAACCCCAAACCCACCCAAGUCCUCAACCCCAUUCCCACCCAAGUCCUCAAACCCAUUCGCAAUCUGGUCCACAAUCAAGUCCUCAACCUCAUCCGCACCCAAGUCCGCAACCCCAUCCUCAACCAAAUCCUCAACCCCAUCCUCACCCUAGUCCUCAACCUCAACCCCAACCCCAACCACAACCAAGUCCUCAACCAAACCCGCAACCCCAACCGCAACCUACUCCUCAACCAAACCCGCAACCCCAGCCACAACCUACUCCUCAACCAAACCCGCAACCCCAGACGCAACCAACUCCUCAACUAACUCGUACAUGAGGUCAACGACGCACACCAUUAUCACCACAUGAGCUUAAUGCUCCUGUUGUAGAUGGUUCUCCCAAGUUAGCAUCGUAUAAAAACGAUGAAAAGCGUUGUGAAGUUAAGACCUUACGUAGGAGUCCGAGAAAGAAUAUGUCGGCAAACAAAACAAUGUCUAGUAAACCGGUUCAAGAGGAAGUUAUGGAGCAAUUUUCACCACCCCAGUCAAAUAAGUUAGGGUUGGAUGGUGGGAAUGGAGGUUGUUCUAGUGGUGGUAGUGUUGUGAUUGCACUUGAAACGCCAAUGGGCGUAGAGAAAACGGUGGUGGUAUCUGGUAAAAGUACGGGCGUAGAUAAGGCGAAUAAGAUUCUGUAUUUUCAAAGAACUCGACCUCGCCGUGGAAGGAAAAAGAAGACCUAUUUAUCGUUAUCGGACAUUGCUCGGCGUUGGUUUACAAGCGAUAGGAAGAAAUUUAGCUAUAACUUAGUUGAAUUUGUCAACCACAACGGUGGAUCUCUGUCUGGUCGGGGUAAUUUAAAAGGAAUGAGUAUGUGUAAGAUGAUCAAGUGUGAAGAUGGUAGUAAUGUUAUCAUGAACCAGUGCAAAGGGGUGACACAACUAAACGGUUGUGUCCAUAAGCAGUACGUAGACACUGUUGCGAAGUUGUACAAUUCAACUUGGCUUGAGAAGUACUCAGGGAGGAGUUUACGGUACAUGUUGAGUUCCGGCUUUGCGGACAGAGUGUUUAAGGUUUCAGAACCCCGCGACGGAGUUCGUCUAUCCCCCUUAGAAUGCCACAAAGUGGCAGAGUGGAUGAAGUUGCAGAGGGAGAAAAUGUUGGGUGGUUCUGCUUCAAUGUCCACUAACGGGGCUGGUAUUGAUGAUGACGCUAAAGGGUCACAAGUUGCCACUCUUGUAUCUCGAAUAUCGGAGUUGUUUAUCCCUGUCCUGGAAAAGUUAGGAACCCAUACGAACCAUUGGUGGUGCCUAGUUAUAUCUGCAGAUCCUCCAACCAUUUACGUGAUUGACUCCUUACACAGUAAUCCCGUGGAACAGCGUAAAAGUGUAAUUGAUAAAAUGAUAAUUGGGGUAGAGAAAAUGCUCUUUGGCGAUGAAGGUGGGCAUAGUUGGGGGCAACUUCUUUCAUGGGAUAGGAGGCGGAUGGAUAUAGACAUCCAGGAAGACAACCAUAGUUGCGGUGUCCGUAUGCUGCUAUCUAUCAAGGAGUUUGCAGAAGGUUUUGAGGCGCUCCGUAUUACCGACAUGGAAGAAGCUCGUCGGCUAUUGUUCACCCAGGAUGUUCUUAGUCCCUAUAAUGUGGUACGUGAUCAUGUCAUUGAAUUAGUGAAUGACACAAAUAAGAAGAGGAAAACGUAAUUAUCCUCAUACUGCGAUUGUAUGCUAACAAGACUCGAUGAGGAUCCCUAAUGAGGGGUCGAUCAGAACGUAGUUGUAUUACCAUAAAACUUUGUUGGGCCUUGUAGUUUAGAAUAAGAAACAUUUUUUAGUCAAUCGUGUUGUGGAAUGCACAGCCAUUAACCCAAGUGUAUACCAAUGGGCUUUAAUUGAGUGCUGAGCCCAGUAUGGUUCAUAUGCCCAAAUCAAAACUGGAUUGUCACUACAUUAUUGCAAAUAUGUAAUGUUACGUAGGUAUUAUUUAGACAUUUAAUUUGGACUUGGUGUAUUGAGUAGUGAUCCAAUAAUAUGCGUUAUGUU